AUGUACUAUAUUGAUCCAGAAGCAAUGAAAAAUCGAAAAGAAAAAAAACUUAUUCGAUGUAUAAUGAAUAUUCCUGGUUCUAAUUUUAUGUGGAGUAUUGAUGAAUAUGAUAAAUUACAACAUUGCGGAUUUUAUAUUCAUGGUACUAUUGAUGCAUAUUCACGAUAUAUUAUUUGGCUUGAAGCAGAUACUACUAAUAAAAAGUCAAUAAUAAUUUUAAAAUAUUAUCUUGAUACAAUAAAACAAAUUAAUG